AUGAGAAGUCAGCUAACUAAGUUGACUCAGACCUUGAGUGUUAGAGAACCAGGGAAGUUUCCCUCACAACCAAGUCAGAACCCUGUAGGUCAAGCCCAUAGGGCCGAAGGGUCAUCUAGUGAGAAUCAUGAACAAGUCCAGUCUGUCACUGUCCUUGGGAGUGGGAAAGUAAUUGAGAAACCUGAGGACCCUAGGACAGUGUGGCCUACCACUAGUAAAAAAGACCAAGGGCAUGAUGAAAUGAAUGAUGAGGAAGUGAAUGAAGGAAGUAAAGAGGCCCAAUCAAAAAGAGAUAAAACAAAUGCAGACAUGUACGAAGUAUUCAAACAGGUAAGGAUAAACAUUCCUUUAUUGGAUGCAAUUAAGCAAACACCUUCGUAUGCUAAGUUUUUGAAGGAUCUCUGUACAGUCAAAAGAAAAAUCAAUGUGCGGGAAAAAGCAUUCUUGACAGAACAAGUAAGUGCUAUCCUUCAAUUCAAGACCCCUCCAAAGUACAAGGACCCAGGAUGUCCUACCAUUACUUGCAUAAUUGGAAGCCAACAAGUCAACCAAGCACUUCUUGACCUAGGGGCUAGUGUCAAUCUGUUGCCUUUUAGUGUCUAUCAGCAGUUAGGGUUGGGAGAACUCAAGCCCACUAGGGUCACUCUUCAAUUGGCUGACCGAUCAAUAAAAGUUCCUCGUGGGAUUGUGGAGGAUGUCCUAAUCCAAGUGGACAAAUUCUAUUUCCCAGUGGACUUUAUUGUCUUAGAUACCCAGCCCCACCAGGGUCCUCAGUCACCUAUUCCUGUUAUCCUAGGGAGACCAUUCCUUGCUACUUCGAAUGCAAUCAUCAAUUGUAGGAAUAGGAUCAUGAAACUAUCAUUUGGGAAUAUGACGGUGGAGAUGAAUGUUUUCAAGGUAGCUAAGCAACCAAAUGACGAAAUGGAAUUGGAGGAAGUUGAUUUAAUCCAGACCUUAAGUGAAGAAUACUUUGAGAAGGCUCUUUAUGAGCAGGUUAUUUAUAAAUUAGAGAAGCAAACUUCGGAAGGGAUAGAGCCUGACGUUGAGUCAGCCAGGCCAUUGAAAUUACCUGGAAAUGAAACCCCACCAUCUUUGGUCCACCCACCCCAACUUGAGAGAAAACCAUUGCCGAAUCACCUUAAGUAUGCAUUUUUAGGUGAAAGGGAGUCUUUGCCAGUAGUGAUUUCAUCAAGCCUAGAAUUGCAUCAAGAGGGACAGAUCCCAGAUUAUUGGUCCAAACUAGAUAAACAAAAAUUUUUCAAGAAAGUGGUGACAUUUUUCUGGGAUGACCCGUAUCUAUUCAAAUAUUGUCCUGAACAAAUCAUUCGCAGAUGCAUCCCUAAUCAUGAACAACAAAUGGAUGCUCUUUGGGCAUAUAGGACUGCAUAUAAAACGAUCUUGGGAAUGUCUCCAUAUAGAUUAGUGUAUGGUAAACAUUGUCAUCUACCCGUGGAAAUUGAACAUAGAGCAUAUUGGGCAAUUCAAAGAAUCAACAAGAGAGGUGAUCGCUCCCUUUCUCCAAACCGACAGACGGGAAGUCAACCAAUCCCACCUCCACCUAACAUCGGCUCAGGAUCACUCCCUGCUGAUCAAGCUGGAACCUCACGACAGCCACCACGUACGGUCCCAUGGGAAGAGUAUGAAGCAUUGAGACAACAACAUGUUGAAGGCAUGCAAGCACUACGAGACUUGGCUGGGAUACUCCGAAGUAUGAUGCCUGGAGGGACAUUGCCGGAUACUCUAAAAAAGUUUAUGCUACCUCUUGAACCUCAGCCCGAGGCGGGAGCUGAUUCCUAUCAAGAGGCUACUCCUGAUUCACAAUCUCGAUCUACGCCUCCACGGGAGGAUUCAGAGAAAGUAGCGUAUGUGGGAUCCCAGCUUCCAGAGCAUACGAAAGAGGAAAUUGCAAGAUGCUUGAGAGAAAAUUCAGACGUAUUUGCUUGGAAACCAAAAGACAUGCCAGGAAUCAGUCCAGAAGUAAUAUGUCACCACCUGAAUGUGGACCCCCAAUUCAAGCCGGUCCGACAAAAGAAGCGAAACAUUGCCCCUGAUAGAUUACACGCAUUAGAAGAAGAAGUUGACAAAUUGCUAAAAGCAGGUUUCAUCCGAGAGGUAUUAUGCCCAGACUGGGUACCACCAAAUAAUGAUGUACCCCCCGGACCAGGAGAAGAUGUCAUUCAUCACUGA